AUGGCAGGAACUACCAGACCUAUCGUACGCAUCGCGGUCAUCGGCGCCGGCUCUGCUGGCUUGGCCCAAAUCAAGCAGAUUCUGGACGCCUUCAGUCGCCCCGGAGUAGAAGAGCAGCUUGAGCGAGUUGCUUUCGAGACACGAGACGAUGUGGGAGGCCUAUGGAACUACGAUGAUGCUCCAAAGCCCUUUGCUAGCGUGAUCAUUGGUGAUACACUCCACACCUAUCCUCAGAAGGAUGACGAUCCGACGCCGCUGUACGAGGGGCUUCAACUCAUGGCAUAUCGCGAUCACACCUUUCCAGACGGGACCAACCCCAUCCCCACGUCGGCGCAGAUCACCGACUAUCUCCACACCUACGCUACUCGCUUUGGGCUCCGGCCAUACAUCCGCUUCCGCACUCGCGUCGAGCGGCUACGGCGAGGUUCGUCUCGGCGGUGGAGGACAGAUUCCCGAGGUCCAGCUGGAGCUGUAUCCGAGGAGUACGACUAUGUGUCCAUUAGCAACGGUCACUACUCGGACCCCUGGGUCCCCUCCAUGUCCGGCAUUUCCUCCUUCCCUGGCCGUCUGAUCCACUCCCGCGAGUUUCGGCGCGCGAGCGAUUUUGCCGGUCAAACGGUACUCGUAGUCGGGUCCUUUUCGUCCGGAUCCGACAUGUCCCGUCUUCUCGGCUCGCUAAACAUCCGCGGUAUCCCCACCAAGGUCUACCAGUCAUCCACUGGUAUUGGCAACUCUUCCACCGCAGACGAUCCCAACGAGCCCUGGCGUCCUUAUAUCAACAAAGUCCCCCUUAUCGAUCGCUUCGAGGCGGACGGAGCCAAAGGCCGUAUCCACUUCAAGUCCAUCCCCUUCAUCCACGAGCCUAUCGACGACGUCGAUGUGGUCAUCUUUGCUACCGGCUACUACAAUCCGCUUCCCUUCUGCAAGAAGGAGGAUGAGCCCUGGCGGUCCACCCGCCUGCUGGAGGAGGAGAUCACGAUCAAGGAUGGCGGGGAUGAGAGGGACUUGGGCGGUAUGAGAGGCUUGCAUGUCGAAGGACUGGACGAGAUGCUGCUGUUCCUGGCGGAUGAUAGGAGUCUGGCGUUUCCUGGUCUUCCCUAUCAAAUCGUUCCCUUCCCGUUCGCCGAAGUCCAGUCCCGCCUCGUUGCCCUCAUCUGGGCCGGUCUCGUCGAUAUGCCUCCUGGCCACACCCCGCCCGUCAACGCCGCGAACCGCUUCGUAUCUCUAGCCUCGGGCCAAUCGGUCGAUGCGGACGGACCGAUUCGAUAUAGCGUCAAAUCCCGCAAAGUGUUCAUCUUUCCGAACCCCUAUGAAUGGGACUACACGGAGGACAUCUUUGCUCUGCUAAGGGAGGUGGAUAAAGGUGAAGAGGUACCGCAAUACUAG